AGAAAAUAACUUGUACCUAAAAGUAUACAACCAUUUCUAUGGACAUGAAAAUAGCGAUAGUACUCGCUAUUUGGUUUCUCUCGAUAUGGAAUUUGGGACAGACAUACAAUUUUCCGGCGUUUACAGGAGGGAAUAGUGGUACGCCAUCAUCCUCAACAACGAUUUGGACGACAACAUUGGCAACCACCACUCGGACGACAACAUUGGCAACCACUACUCCAACGACAACAUUGGCAACCACUACUCCGACGACAACAUUGGCAACCACUACUCCGACGACAACAUUGGCAACCACUACUCCGACGACAACAUUUGCAACCACUACUCCGACGACAACAUUGGCAACCACUACUCCGACGACAACAUUGGCAACCACUACUCCAACGACAACAUUGGCAACCACUACUCCGACGACAACAUUGGCAACCACUACUCCAACGACAACAUUGGCAACCACUACUCCGACGACAACAUUGGCAACCACUACUCCUGCUUCGACAACGACAACAGUUCCUACUUCAACACUAUCUUCGACAACACUGGGUUGUCCAGGAGGAUAUGAGAAGAAUCCCAACGGAACAAAUCCCACGUGCAUCGACAUUAAUGAAUGCGCAUUGAGAAAGCAAUGUUUUAUGACAGGACAGGUUUGCUUCAACACUCUUGGAUCAUACACCUGCAUCUGUGCUGAAGGAUUAGCUCAAGCCGUUAGCAAUGGCGAAUCUAAUGGCUGUUUUCCUGUUACUUCCAUGACUCAGCGGUUCGAAAUGCCAUUCACAGAGCAACUGGGAAAUACAAGUUCUUUAGAUUUAUAAGAAAGUCAGACGAAUUUGCACGAAAUAUAUCCGAGAGUUAUGGCGAAGCAGGAAUCGAAGGGAUGUUAGUCAAAGUCCAAAAGUUCACAAACGGGUCUGUCAUAGCUUGGUUUGACAUCUUUGCAGAAAAAGAAACCGCG